AUGCCCAAUCCGCUAGAACCUCUUGAUCCAAAUAUCACGAGAUCAUCGCCUACGAGAAAGGCCGAUGACAAGCCUUUGGAGCGUACCAGAGCAUCAACAGGCAGCCCUCUUAGCGAUGGGCUUACUUCAGAGCCCGUUGAGCUCAUCAAUCCUGUCAAUCGUCCAUCACUGACAAUACAGCCCUCCUUCCAACAUUCAAGGAAGCGACUAACUUGGCGCAACAAGGUGUGUUACAUCUUGCUUCCACAUCAGAAUGAGAGUGGUCAAAGAACAAACCGAGCAAGCUACCUAAAGCACGAAGAAGUUGAACAGCGGCUGAGAGUAUGGCAAGAAAAGGGUUUCAAUACUCGGGGAUUCACUCUUGAUCGCAGCUCGUCCGGCACUCCGACGCUUGUCUCUCAAGGUCAAAGCCGGGCUGUCCACCCAGACCCAGAUGACGAUGGGCGCGAAUGCUCGAAUCAUUCAUAUCGCGUAAGUAUACCGGAUAAGCAGGCUUGGGACACUUACGUCCGCAAUCUGCAGGAGGAGAGACUGCGAAAUUUGGGCGUGACCUCCAGCGAUGACGAGCCACCAUCAAGGAAAUCGCCAGCACCUUCGCUCAUGAGUAGGGAAGCAUCCUCCCAAAGCUCAGCGCUGCUUACAUCACCGCCCCUUCAGCCGACUUCUGGGCUGACCAAACCAUUCGUACCCGGCUACCACCUCGCUUCUGCUCAGGGUGGUAAACCGGGCGUUUCUCACUUCCCCCGUUAUUCGAUUGCCAUGCCAGUCGGUGAGAAAGCCAUGCACAACCACGCUCAAUUUACAUCAUCACUCUCACCAACUCACCGGAACAUAUCUCCGCUAGCGUAUCUGUCGUCUGCAUCGAAUUCAAGAAUUGGUUCACCGUCGAUAAAUGAGCAGCUGGCAAGUCAAUUCAAUGCUUCGCUGACGAACGAGACUCCGCGGUCAUUGCCAAAUUCCAGCCAGCAAGCGAUGAAUGAGGUACAUGAUCCUAUUUAUGGGCAGCGACAUCCAUCUCCUUUGCAGACUGGUCAACCACAUCGGCAAAUACAAGGCACAAGUCAGCUCACGGGCAGGCCUCAAAACACAUCAUUCCGAAGAGACAAUAGUACUUUAAAUGUAGAUCAAGCUCAGCUUGACGAACGAAUAGCCACUCCAAUUCCUCGCAACCAUCGUCAAAACCCGAGCAAAAAUCUUCAACGAGAUAUUGAUCUCGCAGAAGCUCAACUCGGUAACACUAAUGAUCACAGUGGUGCAUCUGAUGAACCUCUGACGAGUGAGAGAGUUGCACUGUCAGCAUCUGACGACCACAGAAAAUUUGACGACGACUUCAAAAGUUAUGUGCAGAAAGAGAUCAGCAACGUGAAGCUUAUAACGGCUUCAACAAAGCAAGAAGAUCAGCAUGCAGUACAAUCUUUCGUCAUAUCCAAAUUGAAUGUGAAUGCUCCAGAAUUCAAGCUCGAGCCCAAGCAACCCGAUAGUGCCGAUGUCGUUCACUUUCAAUCAAGUCAACAAGCUGUCAAACAGCCGCAGUCUGAUUUCCAAUCUUCGAAUGUGCCUGUGCCUCAUACGAGAAAAGCCUCAGCGACUCGGCCACUUCCAAAACUCAACGCUGCAGCCCCAGCCUUCACACCAGGAACGCCCAUAGUCCCAAAGCCCAGUGUUGCGUCUCGAGUGUUCAGCUUUGGAAAUGAGCCCAGCUCGCAGGUUGACGCGAAGAUAAAGCCUAGCACAGGCUCACGAGAAUUCAGCUUCUCCUCAAAGGCUCCCUCCUUCAAUCCAGAUGCUCCCGCUUUCACACCGAGCAAUCAGACAGACAAUGAGUCGAGUGCAUCCAAAUCAGAACCACCCAAAAUGAGUCGAAUAUUCAGCGAUGUUGACUUUUCGGAUAUUGUCAAGCCUUCUGAUGCUGCGAAGGCAGUGCCCAUUGUGAAGCCCAGAAGCAUCGAUGAGGGAGUCGACGAAACCGAGAGCCCCGAAGAUGAGUAUGGUCGCAUUACCCAGUCUAUCGCUCGGCAGAAACGGAUGAGACGUGACCAAGACGAUAGCGAUCAAGUACCUCAAUUUGCCACCCCAACAAAUGACAUUGCUUCAAACGCCUUGCAAACAACCAGCGCUUCUGCAUCACCAAUGAAGAAGUCGACAAGCAAAGUCGCCAAACCAACAAGUGCGGAGGCCGCAACAAGUCUGCUUGUUGGAUUGGUGAACGAUAUGUCCGCCUCUCCCCCUUCGGACUCAGCAGGAGAGAAUGACAAUCUUUAUGAUGGGAACCACCAUUCACGGAGCGCCCAGUCACUGCAUCAAUCGCAAACAGGGACUCGGACGCGUCAUCUGUCUCAUCCAAGCGAUUUUGAUGAACUCCCCGCACGCUUUGCGACCAAAUCCGGGCAGUCUUCGCUUGAACCACAUGAAGGUAGGGAUCAUGGUAUCCCGAGAUCCCGCAUGUCCAGAUCAGUCUCAUAUGACGAUCGCCCAGUCAAGAGCUCUGGUCACGACCGCGAUGAAAUCAUUCGCGAGGGCAGUCAAUUACGACAAGAUAUCUUAGAUGGCAUGAGACAUGUAGAGCCUCCAUUUGACGAGCUCGACGAGGUGAUGAAGUGCCUGAAUCAGAACGAUGACUCAGAUAUUGGCGUCGAACGAGGUUCAAGUCCAGGAAGAUAUUCAAGCUCAGGACACGGCGUUGAGCCUAGCCCCAGAAAAGCGGUUCAAGAUAUUGUUUCCCAUCAAUUGCUACCACCUGCCAAGUUACGAAGUGAUGCGCCUUCUCCCAGUCCAAACAGACUACGAGAACCAUUUCAAUACCUCCCGCCAACCGAUACCGAAAGCGCCGAUAGUGCUGUGGUAAGAAUGAUUGAAGAAAAUGCUCGCUACAGCCCUUCUUAUAGACCCUCGAGACACUCGCCCCAAGUACAGCGCCUGAACAGCCCUGGCAGCUCACCGCCAAGCCAUUGGGAUGAUGGAUUCUCUUCUGUCAGUGAAAGUCAGCUAAAGUCAAAGACUACCUUUUUCGACCAACGAGUUGAUGACCUCGUCGGCAAUAUUAUCCACCAGCGACUAAGUCCCUUAGAAAAGGUUCUCGGCGAGAUACAAGACUCACUCGUCCAUCUCUCGAAAUCCUCAGAAGGCAGAGCAGUAGGUCGACGACCCCGUAGCUCGGGAACUCUUGGACCAGACAGUAGCGACGCCGACGAUGAAGACGAUGUUGCGCAUUCGUCUCAAGUGAGACCCAAGUCGCCGCUUAGAGAACGGAAAUAUGAGCAGCUCAAGUCUUCAAUAGGCGAGAUCGCGCUCGCACAGCAAAAAUCCGUAUCCGUAGCCCAGUUUCAAGAGCUCUUGACUGCGGUUAACGGAAUUAAAUCAACCAUUUCACACACUCCGCGUGCGGCAAGUCCAUCAUCAGACCUCAAAAAGGCUAUUGAAGAAGCCGUCCAAAAGGGAACGCGUGGCAAGUCUGGCCCUAUUCUCUCUAGCACCCAAGCAGCAGCAGCAGAGAAGAGCCAGCUACAAAUUGCCGGCUUAGAAAGCAUGCUCAAUAUUGCAGAGACUCGAGCAGAAGAUGAGUUGAAAGCUCGCAGAGCGACGGAGGAUGCUUUGGCAGACAACCAACGAUUGUUUAGACAAGCGCUACAAGAGGCUGCUCAACACCGUGAAUCAAUGGAAGCCACCGAGGCGAAGUUGCAGGAAUAUCAUGAAGAACGACAGCAUCACCUAAAAGACAAGGCAAUGCUUGAGGGCUUACACGAUGGCCUGGAGAGGAAUGCUUCAGAUUUAGAAGAGAAGAACAAGGCUCUUGAGGGAACUUUGGCCGAAUAUAGGCUCUCACAUGAUCAAUGGCGUGCUGAUGUUAACAGUCUGAAGCAUGAAAACAAAGACCUUGAGAGGAAACUCAUAACAGCCGAAGACAUAAUCAAUAGUAAUCAGAAGGAACAAAACCAUAUACGUUCUCGCUUUGCGAAAAUGCAAGAAGAUAUAGCAUCAGCAGCUCGAGAUGAGUCCGUUGACAAAUUGCGGUGGCAAAACAAAGCCGACGAACACAGGAAACAAUUCGACCUACUCACAGCGCGACUUGAGGCUGAAGCACGGACGCGCGAGAGACUUGAGAUUGAAAUUGAGAGGCUAGAGUCACAGGAAAGAGAAUCAAUGAAAGCUCGGUUACACGUCGAGCAAACACAAAAGGCCAAUGCACAUCUCCAUCGCCUUGUCGAGCAAACACGCUCAGAGAGUCAUGAGCAUCAAAAUAGUGCGGCACGCUUGCAGCGAGACCUAAAUGUCGCUAAAGAGUCUCACAUAAUGGAGACACACCGUAUACGGUCUAUGAUGGAAACGGAUGUCAAAGCGGCGAAGACCGAAGUAGAAACGAUUAAAGUUGACCUUCAGGGAAGAAUCACAAGAUUGGAAAGACACAUUGAAGAUGCGGCUAAUGGAGCGGACGAUAUCAAAUCCAAGUACGGAAGUAUGCUAAGUGAUGCUUCUGAAUCACACCAGACGGCGUUGCGACAGACAAGUCAAGAACAUGAUAAAAUACUCCAAGAGCAUAUUCGUGUUCACAAGCAGGCUAUCGAGCAAUCGAGAAGUCAGCACCAAUAUGCUUUAGAGAGUGCUCUGCAAGAAAGGCAGCGGGUGGAAGAAUUACUCAAUGACCGUGCUAACCUCGCUAACGAAAAGUCCUCUCAUCUAGAGGAUAAAGUAGCUCACAUCACGGAGCGAUUGGAGAUAGCUAAGUCGGCAGCACAAGCAGCGGCACAAGCAGCACAAGCAAGUAAACCGGCUGCCAACGUGGCUACUGUGAUCGCCGACGCAACUGGGGUCUCCAGUGCUCCUGAAAAAGUGUCGCCACAAGCCCUCAGGGAGUCCAUACUUGUGCUACAGGAGCAGCUGCAGGCUCGAGAAUCUACAAUUGAAGAUCUAGAAUCCAAAAUAUCUGACAUUGACACCAACGCGCCCGCCAAGCUGAAGGAAGCUGAAAUGGAGGUUGCAUGGCUUCGGGAACUUCUCAGCGUUCGCAAUGACGAUCUGCAGGAUAUCGUUAAAAAUCUUUCUCAGCCAUCAUUCGAUCGGAAUACCGUUCGCGAUGCUGCCAUUCGCUUGAAGACCAACAUGCAGAUGGAACAGCAAGAAAAAGAACACGCCUUUAGCGGGGGAAUCCCCUUACCUUCCCUCUCCAACAUCACCAACCUAACAGCCUCCCCAAGGGCCUUGCCAAUGGCGGCUGCAACUGCAUGGACAAAUUGGCGGAGGAAUCGCGACUCUGGCUAUAGCAACCUCGGCGCUUUAGCCAAAGGUUCGGUCAAUGAGACGCCCUCCAAGCUGUCCUCGCCGCGGAGCGUUCUUUCAGGCCUGCUAACGCCGCCAAGUACGACUCUAAGGACCACACCUCAGCUGCAGGCUACUAGAUCACGACCAGGUUCUUCAGCACAGCAUACUGUGGGGAUGCCUUCAACGCCCCAUCAAAAACCAAGCCUUGGGGACAACUACCAAGAAGGACCUACAACGCCACCAUUAAUGCGAAAGGGCAGUUAUGAUUUAGACGCCGCUGAGGCUGCGGUAUUUGGGGAAGACCACGACGCAGUGGAAGCGAACGAAGACUAUCAGAGCGCUGACUACGACGUCGCAAGAGAUGAAGAGCCCUUUGGACCUCGCAUAGGGACAUUUACAGCGCUGUGA